AUGCUCCCCUCACAAUCCGCCUCCAAAAUACCCCUGGUAAAGCCCGACGACCGCUCCUUCCCACGCAUCCUCUGUCUCCACGGCGGCGGCGUCAACGCCGCAAUCUUCGAAGCGCAAGCACGAUGCCUAAUCCGCCAUCUGCAACACUCGUUCCGCCUCGUAUGGGUUGACGCGCCCUUCUUCUGCGACCCACACCCCGAUGUCGUUGACGUGUACAGCAGCUACGCGCCCUUCCGGCGGUGGCUGCGCUGGCUACCCUCGCACCCUGAGCUCGACGAGGAAACGUGCAUCGAGGAGAUUGGCUACGCCAUGCGCACCGCCAUGCAAAACGACGACGCUGCGGGCGGAACGGGCGAGUGGGUUGGCCUCAUGGGCUUCAGCCAGGGCGCAAAACUAUCCGCGAGUUUGCUGCUUGAGCAACAGGCCCGCGAGAAUGAAGCGAAAAAGCGUGGUCCUGCGGCGCCGAUAACACCGGGGCUCACCGGUUUCCCAGAUAUCAAGUGGCGCUUUGGCGUGUUGCUGGCGGGAAGGGCGCCGCUGUCCAAUCUCAAUCCCAGGCUACUAACUAGCAAGACGCUGGUGAGUGCGGGCAAGAUAUCAGAGGGGUUUGAGUUUUGCAAGGAGGUGGAUGAGGAGGCGACGCUUAGGGUGCCGACGCUGCAUGUCCAUGGUUUGGCGGAUCCAGGGCUGGAAUUGCAUAGAAAGUUGCUGAAUGAGUAUUGUGAGAAGGGGACUGCGACGCUGGUGGAGUGGCCGGGCGCGCAUCGGGUUCCGAUCAAGAGUGUGGAUGUUGAUCCCGUGGUUGCUGCCAUCUAUGAUUUAGCUGAGAAGGUGGGGGUGAGUGUGCUGAGGACUGUGUGA